CUCUUCCGGGCACUCCGUUGAAAACUUGUCUCUUGACAAAGUACAUGGCACCGAAUCAGCCAUGCGCUAAAUAUCAGUAUGUCCUUACAUCCUCAACUCCAAAGAUAGUCCCCGUUCCAGACAACGAACCCAAGGAUGAAGAAUCGCCAGCUGACUAUAACACUGGCGGUUAUCUGGUCAUCAAAAUUGAUGACACCUUCAAAGACGGUCGGUAUAUAGUUGCACGUAAACUAGGCUGGGGCCAUUUUUCAACUGUUUGGCUUAUCAAGGAUACUCGCGAGAAUCGCUACUCUGCUCUCAAAGUGGUCAAGUCUGCUACGCGUUAUGCUGAGACCGCACGCGACGAAAUCAAACUACUGUCCCAGGUAGCCGCUGCAAAUCCGCACCAUCCUGGUCGACCACAUGUUGUCUCGUUCCUCGAUUCAUUUCUUCAUCGCACUCCUCAAGACACUCACGUGUGCAUUGUAUUUGAGCCCCUCGGAGAGACCCUUCUUGCAUUAAUUCAACGCAACAAGAAGAAGGGCGUUCCGAAACCCCUCGUCAAGGUCAUCGCGAAACAAGUGCUUCUCGGCCUUCAAUAUCUUCAUGAGGAAUGCGAUCUCGUUCACACUGACAUUAAACCUGAGAAUAUUCUCAUUUCCAUACCAGAUGUCGAAGCUCGUAUCCACGCCGAAUUGUCUAUUUCGCCAAAGCCAACAUCGUUUCAUGUGGGCGUUCCUCACCCCACCAAGUCCCGUUCUGGAUUGUCCAUUCCCUAUCGGCAUACACCUGCACAUGAGAGACGCGUGCAAAUAUUUGAUUCACAGCCAUUAUCAAGUCCUUCUUCGAGAUCUGGAAGUAUAAGUGCCAGCGCGAGCAGCCACAGUGUUCAUAAGCACGUUUCUGGGAAAACUCCGAUCAGUGGCGCACCCAUUAGCCAGCUGCUUAGGAAGUCCGCCAGAGCGGACCCUACUGCCAUCAUUCACAGCCCACCACCAAUUCCGUCCAGUAGGACUUCCACUUCGUCUACCAUCUCGUCUACGUUAUCCAUGCCAGCGGCAUCUAGCAGUGCUGUUAGUACACCCCCUACCUCGGUGGGAAGUGCUGACAUGCCCAUUUUGUCUAAAAUGGCCUCUAUUACAUUGAUGAGCGGCUCGCCAGAUUCCAAAUUGACAUUGCGUCUCAAUACGGAAAGUGUCGUGGCAUCCGAACAACACGUAUCAGCUUCUCCACUCAUCCAGUCACACACUUCUUCGGAUAUCCAUCAUACUACUUCCGGGCCAUCGCUUCUGACCCAGACUGCCCCUCGUCAAUCCACUAUCCCGUCCCUCGACGGAGCCCCGUUGUCCCCUUCGUCAGAGACACCCGUUCCAGGCCCGCCAUCCAUGUCGUCAUCCACGCCGAUUUCUAUCAAGAUUGCCGAUUUAGGCAAUGCAACACCUUCUAAGCAGCAUUUUACAGAGGACAUUCAGACGCGGCAGUAUCGCGCUCCCGAGGCCAUUCUCGGACGACGCGACUGGGGCACAAGAGCUGAUGUUUGGAGCGUUGCUUGUGUCAUUUUCGAGUUGUUGACCGCGGAAUAUCUAUUUGACCCUCACGGACAAGGCGAGAUGUUCACAAAGGACGACGACCACAUGGCGCAGAUAAUUGAAUUACUGGGUGAUUUCCCGCUAGACGCGAAGAUGGGAGGAAAGUAUAGUCGCGAAAUAUUUGAUCACGCAGGGGCACUUCGUUACAUCAAAACGUUGAAGCCAUGGCCUUUAAAUCGUGUCAUGACGGAGAAAUACCUUUUCUCUACGUCGGAAGCGGAUGAUUUAUGCGCCUUCCUUGAACCCAUGCUUGCAGUCGAUCAAAGGGAACGCAAGGAGGUCAUUGAUAUGGUUGACCAUCAUUGGUUAAAUGUGAAGGACGAAGAGUGGGUAGGCGUUGACGGAUGGUAAUGAAUCUCAUGUUUUGCACGCCUUGUUGAUGCUGUUAUUUUAUGGCUUUUCUGUGUCUGGACCUUGGGCUAUUUGCAGUAUACAUCUCGCCUUAACUUGUCGCCCUUCUUUAACAGUGUUUAUUCCUCAUGGCCACACGAUAGACAUACACAAUGACUGUUCACGAUUUAGAAUUUGACACUUUAUACUUCCCGUGUAGUCCAUAUGACGGUGCAUGUAUUGCAUUUUUUCGAGCCAUCUCUUCCAUGCCCCCUAUGCUCCCGAUCUACUUGAGUCAAGACAGAGGCUGCGUAUGAUACAAUUAUUUUCCGGUUGUUGCCAAUGUCAUGUGCU